AUCCAGUCCACGGCCCCCAAAACGUCAAUGUGGUGGAUGUUCGGGCCCGUCAGCUGACCAUUCAGUGGGAGACGUUUGGGUACGCGGUGACUCGCUGCCACAGCUACAAUCUGACGGUGCAGUACCAGUACGUGUUUAACCAGCAGGAGUUUGCAGCGGAGGAGUUGAUCCAGACGUCAUCACAUUACACUCUAAGGGGGCUGCGGCCCUUUGUCACCGUCAGACUGCGGCUCGUCCUUGCCAACCCCGAAGGCAGCAAGGAGAGCGAGGAAAUCGUCAAACAGACGGAAGAGGAUGUGCCGGGCUCGGUGCCGAUGGAGUCGCUGCAGAACACUCCGUACGAGGAGAAGAUCUUCAUGCAGUGGAAAGCUCCCAACGAGACCAACGGGGUCAUCACACUCUACGAG